GAAUCCCGCAGAAACCCCAAAUCUCUGGUUACUCAGGUCCUCUUAGGGAAGGAGGCGUGGCCGUGUUGACAUGUGUCUCUUCUGGCAGUAAGCCAGCAGCUCAGCUCAGAUGGAAUAAGGGUGAAAAACUCUUGACAGGCCAGCCAUUGGAAGUCUCCAAAGAUGCCAAUGGGAAAACCUUUACGGUCACCAGCCAAGUAGAAAUUACAGUCGGCAAAGAGGACGACGGCGCCAACGUCUCGUGCACGGUUGAUCACUCGUCUCUGCAAAUCUCUGAGAAAUCGGCCUUGCAGCGUCUCUCCGUCUAUUCAUUGCGAGACCUUCGAAUACAGCUGGAGAAUUCGACGGCCAACGAGUUGAGCAUAAGCAUCGAUAACACCACUCUGGCUGAUGAGGGAGAAUAUACCUGCACGAUAUUCACCCGGCCCGUACGGACUGCGAAAGCGAUGGUCACCGUCUUGGGCAUGUCUUGGUGGUAG